CUGGGUUGGGUUCUUUUCUCGAAAUGCCCGCGUGCUUUUGGUUGUGACCAUUCUUUUUCGACGACGUUCGUUUCCUUUUGAUUUCCUUGUGUCGAGGCAUUGCUUCCAAAACUCCUCGAUCUUCCACUCUCUCUCUCUCUCUCUCUUCUUCUUCUUCUGCCGCGAUCCACCCCCACCCCCACACCAUGGCCAGAAAACCCCGCGAAAUCCCCAAGCGCGCCAGGGCCACCAAGGCCGCCUCCAAGCCCGCCAAGAAAUCCCUCUCGAAAAAGGGAGCGGSAACCACCACCGGGUUCAAGAACCCCCGGGAGGUCAGCGACGCCGUCUUUCGCUUCAUGUGCGAGGAGCACGCCUACGGGGUGACCGAGUGGACCCGGGCGGAGCUGGCAAGCGCCGUCGGCUUUGGGAACCCAAAGACCGAAAAGUUUGCCAAGGGCCUCAAGAACCUCGUGAGCCACGAGGGCCUCGCGGAAAGCGGCGCCACCGGGGGGACGCUCGUUCUGAGCGCCCUCGGGAUCGCCCGCAAGCCGACCGAAAAGACCCCGGCCACCCUCGGGGACCUCCACAACCGCUUCCUCGAGCGGCUCGCGCAGAAGUGCAAGGGCGGUACCGACAAGCUCCCCGCCGUCUGGGACAUUCUGAAGGACCGAAAGGAACACAGCAUUGCCUCCGUGGCCCAGAAACUCGGCUACAAGAACCCCAAGUCCUUUGGGAACACAAAGAUCAUUGCCACCAUGAGGGCCAUGGGUCUUGUCGAGAAUGGCUCAGGAAGAGGAACCGUGCAGAUGACCGAGAAAGCGUUUCCUUCCAACCUCUGCAACUAAGRAAUGCUUUUCUGACAYAUUCCACGGUACUCAUUGCAUUCGGUUCGGAAAAUAYAGUAGUUGUAACAUAAAAAUAUUWGACAAAU